AUGCUUCAAACUUCACGUUUUCAGCGCGCGUUCUCGUUCCGUUGUUUAGCAGCGGGCUCUUUCUCUCUUUUUUUCCCCUCCACACUCUCACUCACACGCACGUCCUUACAAAAUACUGUUCUUAUUCAUUUUUACCCUUUUUCUCUCUCUUUUGUUCUUUCUUUUUCUCUCUCUCUUCUUUUCUCCCUUUUUAUUUCCUUUUCUUCUCUUUUUUCUCUCACUUUUUCUCUCUCGUUUCUUCAUGUUUCCCCUCUCUCUCUUUUUCUCUCUCUUUCUUUAUUUUCUCUCUCGCUUUUUCUUUCUCCCUUUCUCUCUCCCUUUUCUCUCUUUUUCACUCACAUUUUCAUCCUUUUUUUAUUUUUACUAUCUCUCUCACUUACACACCUCUUCUUUCUCUUUUUUUUCUCUUUUACUGAUUUUUCUGCAUUAUUUUUUCUCUAUUCUUCCUUUUCUUUCUUUUUUCUAUUUCUUCUUUCUCUUCCCUUUUCUUCUUACCAUUUUCUCUAUCUUUCUUCUCGUUUUUGUCUCUCGUUUUUGUUUUCCCCUUGUCUAUUUUCCACUUUAUUCUUUCUCUCUCUCUUCUUUCUCCUUUCUCUCUCUCUCUCUCUCUGUUUUCUUUCUCCUUUUUCUCUCGCUCUUUCCUUUCUCCCUUUUCUCUCGCUCUUUCCUUUCUCCCUUCUCUAA